CAGUAUCUGAAAAGCGAUUCCGAAAAGCAGACAGUUAUCAAGCGAUAGUUUAAAACGUAAUAUUUAAUUCUUUGUGAAUUGUAUUAAUAAAUUGUGAAUUAUGUCUGAUUCAUCAACAUUCACUGACGAAUACGAGCAUUUCAAUUACGAUUACGACAAGUACAUAUUUUCUAAAAACGGUGGUAAACAAAGGAGUAAACGGGAAGUAAGUGAGCACACAAAUCAUUUUGAUCCAAACGGACAUUCUAGAAAAAUCGUAACAAAGUUACACAAUACUGAGAUGAAUAAACGUAAUGUCACUAAAGCCAAGGCAUAAAAAGUCGUGUUCAUUUGUGUGUUCAUAUCUUUCGUAUUUAUGAAAAUUCAGCUGGUAUUCAAUUGAUAUAAAAAUAAUAGGCACGAGCUGAUUCAUCAACGAUACGAAGAUUACCUGGACAUAGCAUUUAUUCACGAGUCAUUUUUAAUAUACAUCUAUUAUUAUACAUUACUCCCGAGUUCAACGUUCUUUGUGUGAAGUAAACAUAAGUUAUAUAAACUACGACUUAUUAUUAUUGUUUUUUUUUUUUUUCUCAUUGUAUUUAGACUUCGGAGGAAUAUUUAUAGACACUUAGUGUGUAACAAUUAUAAAUUGUCACGGACAAUUGUAUAUUUUUUUUAAACAAUUAUUUAAAAUCAUUCUCUCUAAUGUUUAUUUAUAAUGAUAAUUAAUAUUAUCCACUGUUUUGGAGUAUUUACAUUUUUUUAUGUGUGAUAGUAAAUAAGACUUUUUUUUUCCUUUCAAAAUAAGUGUAUGAGUAAAAGUAUUACCUCAAUAAAAACAAAUAUAAAAUGAAUAAA